GCUCGUACAAUGCUGCCCAGCGUGUGUUCAGCUCCACGUAUCGCCACGCUGGAAACAUGGCGGAGCUGGAUAUCGGGCAGCACUGCCAAGUGGAGCACUGCAGGCAGCGAGAUUUUCUUCCAUUUGUAUGUGAUGGUUGUUCAGGAAUAUUUUGCCUCGAACACAGAAGCAAGGAAUCUCAUGAUUGUCCUGAGAUGACUGUAAUCAAUGAGAAACCAAAGAUCGAUACACAUGAAUCAUACCCGUGCUCAUUCAGGGAUUGUGCUGAAAGAGAGCUUGUGGCAGUUAUAUGUCCUUAUUGUGAGAAGAAUUUUUGCCUAAGACACCGUCAUCAGUCAGAUCAUGAGUGUGAAAGACUAGAGAUCCCAAAGCCUCGUAUGGCUGCCACUCAAGCGCUUGUUAAAAAUAUUAUUGAUUCCAAGACAGGAGAGACAGGAAAUAAACGGCGGAAAGGCGCAAAAAAUAGUGAGACAGCUGCAAAGAUUGCACUGAUGAAAUUAAAGAUGCAUGCUGACGGGGAUGAGUCAUUGCCACAGGCAGAAAGAAUUUACUUUCAAGUUUUCUUACCAAAGGGGAGCAAAGACAAGAGCAAACCCAUGUUCUUUUGCCACCGAUGGAGCAUUGGAAAGGCCAUAGACUUCGCAGCUUCGCUCGCCAGUCUUAAAAAUGACAAUAACAGACUAGCAGCUAAGAAGCUAAGAUUGUGUCAUACUUCUUCAGGAGAAGCUCUACCUUUGGACCAUACUUUGGAAACCUGGCUUGCUAAGGAAGAUUGUCCUUUAUAUAAUGGUGGAAAUAUUAUUUUGGAAUAUCUGAAUGAUGAUGAACAGUCUUUAAAAAAUGUUGAUUCUUACUUGUCAUAGUCAGAGAUUAAGCCAGACGUCACAAGGGAAGUGCUAUGAACCUGGUUAUUCAGUUUCUUUUACCACAAAUACUAUUUGCUUUUUCAAAGUUGCCUUUUAAUUUAUUUCCAGUGUGUCGUCGUUUACAUAAUCACUUUUCUGUUAACUUUGAGUUUUUGUGUCUUAAAGUUUAUACUAAUGGUUAGCUAAUCCUUAUAUUUAACUUUUUUAUUAGGUUAGACUUUAGAAAUAUCAGUCUAGGUAUAUAUAUAUAUAU